AUGCUGACAGUGCAUAGAGUGCUACGUCCUGACACAAACCUUGCGGAUUCCUCAUUUUCUUGUGUAGGUCGCUAUGCCGUGAUAGCAUUCAGAAAGGUUAACUUGAACCAGAUACCAAAGAUUAUUCCCAAAAUACCGGUAAGUUCCUUGCACUAAGAAAUAAAUCCAGUCUUAAGUUUAUACUCACUCUGCCACUCACUCUAAAUUCGAGAUAGCUCCGAAUCUCUCUUUUUAAGAAAAAGAUUUCUUCUUUACGAGAAAAAGUAAAAAAAAUCAUCGGAUAAUAAUUUUUUGUAUGAAUUUACGAGAACAACAUCUUAUUUUAUGAUUUGUUUUAAAUUUUUUUCUUUGCAUAAGAAAUCUCGAAUUUAAAGAAUUUAGAGUGACUGUCAUCUGAAUGAUGAAUAUUUGAAUUUUAUAAGCUUAGAAACCGCAGAAUGAAGAAAUAAAUGCAAAGAAGAUCAUCGCAAUCAAAGACACAGCUCAUGAAUUUUUCAGGCUUUCUUUUCUCAACUGCAUGAGUUACGUCUUUAACUGCGACGAUCUUCUUCGCAUUCAUUUCUUCAUUCCAUAGUUCCAAUAUAUCAAAUUCAUAUAAUAUUCAUCGUCACAUCCUCAUCUUUCGUGGGUAUAUUAUGAACCAGUUUAAUGACUAGCUCCUAGUUGGCUUGCUGGGCCGUCUUAGCUGUGCUUAUGAUCGAGAUACUCAUAGCAUAAAAUGUAUAUACACAACCUACAAGACUGAUUGAAAUUAUCGGCAGUGAGUGUUGACACUUCCUCAGCAAACUGACAGCAAACACGAGUAUGAAAACCUUAUUCCCUGGGUUCCCUUAUGAGGUAGCGAGUGAAUGUACGUCUGAAGCAGCCCAAAGUAGUCUUCGGCGAGAACAAACAAAAAUGCAUUUUCAUGUCAGGCAACUUCCAAGUGAACUGAAGUGAGUGAUUCAUUUGCAUAUCUCCACCCACAGCAAUACAUGUAACUUGUGAAAUGCUCUUUGGGCAUCGUCGAAAAAGGGCAUUCAGGAGUCAUGUUCCUGGGCUGUAGGACUUUCCACAAUCAGGUUUUAGUCCAAUGGGGCAUUUUUUAGGUUUAAAGGUUAUUGUUUUAGGUUUAAAGGUUAUUGUUCUGUCUCAUUCACAUUAAAAAUGGGUUGAGUUAGUCUACAAAUCUGAUUUAAGCAAAUCAGAAACUUGGUAACAGGUUUUUCAAAAGAAUGUCACAAAUUGAUGUUUUACUUGUGUUUUUGUAAAUAGGAAUUCAGCCAUUAUUACAGGGGCGGAUUUGAACCCAAGAUGACAAAAAGAGAAGCUGGUUUAAUUCUUGGAAUCAGGUAUGUUAUGAUUUAUAGCCAGCAAGUCUAGUCCCGAGUUUCUACGGCCAAAUGCAUUCUCUUCAAUGACAUUAUUAAGACUAGGAGAUUUGCAAAGUAAAAUUCAAAGAGAUUAAAGCAAACCUUGUUAUUUUAUGGUAAAUUAGUGUAGGCCAAUCCCCAUUUAGUAUUCAACCAUUCAACCAAGUCAGUGGUUAUAUUUGAUUGAAUUUUCCAAUGGAAAGCCUUUAUAACUGUGACUAUCUUGAUUGAAACAUGAUUGUGAUUGAGUGUAGUACUGUUGUUUCCACACUUCUUGUAGUGAACUCAAAUGAAAUUUAAUACAGUUGACAACGAGGAGUGCAGUCGCGUGUUGUCAGUUAGUGGUCAGUGGGGUGGCUCAAGCUUAGUCAGCCUUGCUUGCAUCAUCUCCAAGUGCUAAGUACAGUGUUUCCUGGCAGCCACUAUCUUUGCUUAGCUCCCCCCUUUAUUUUACCAUUGUUAAAUCAGUUUGACAGACACCUUGUUCCAUUAGUGUGGGGGGCUCAUAGGUGAAAUGUGCGGGUUUACCAGCAAUAUUGAGUCAUGGGUCUAGGGGCUGGCUUUGCCAAAAGGGGAAGCCCCUGGACAUCCCGUGCACCCAACUCCAUACUCAAGGUUGUCAACUGUAGUUGCUUAGCAUUUUCCUUCUAGACUAUUGUCAGAGAAAGUAGCUUAACCAUGUGAAUCAUUGAGAUGAUGCAUUGAAAUCCCUAGUGUUUUGACCAGACUGUGAAUUAUGACCUUCAAUCAUAAAAUGUGAAAAUACUGAGAAAAAAACUCAACCUUAAUUGAUAUUGAAAAGAAUUGGACUUUUUUGAUGGUAUAAUCCUCCCAAAUUUGAUAAAUGUACAGUAAAUAUUACAUUUCGUACAUUAUUUAUCACAACAAUCCUAGGUGCAUGUCUUUGUAUCCUCAUUUGCUUAAAUGAGUACAUGCUUCUUCACAAAAUGUAAAAGGAUCUGAACUUGAAUUUUUCCUUGUAAAAUUACUUUACAAAACCUUAAGAUUUUAACAACAAAUUUUUUCUGCUUUCUUUUCAAGUCCUUCCGCUAACAAAGUUAAAAUUAGAGAGGCUCACAGAAGAGUUAUGCUCAUAAAUCAUCCAGACAGAGGUAGGUUGAACAGUUCUUGAAGGGCUGAAUUUGUUUGUUUUGGUAGCUAACUUACUAACUUAAAUUUAUACACCUACUGGGUCAUAAUUAUGUCUACAACAAUAGCCCUCAAGCAUGUGUACGUCAUGUGAACAGAUUUCGCCAUCAAGCAUCGUAAAUGUUGUAGUUAAUUUUUUAUCUCAGGUAAUUUUUGUUUUUCUUUUGUUUUUGGGUGUGGUAAUGUGUGCUCAUCAAUGAAGUUGAAACAAAGGAAAAAUAAUUAUCUGAGAUAAAAAACUAAUUACAUCAAAAACAAAACUCUGUGCAUCAGUACUAUUUCUUCAUGGAAAUUCUUUUCAACUCUACUGCGUUGGGAAUUCAUCAGUGUAGGAGUUAGUGAAUGUAAAAUUCCAAGCCAGGCUUGGUGGUGAUAUUUGCUUGUCUGACAUGAUCAUGCAUGAAGGCUAUUUCUUGUUAAAGUGUAGGAUUCCUCAAUAGGCAGUUCAACAUAUGGUUUAUUUUAGAUUCUGUUAGGAGUCUGGCAGACUUGUAUCAAUAAUAUGUACAAUUUUUGGAUGAGGCUGAGUAUCAUCUGAAGAAUUAUAAAGAUCAAGGAGCUUGUUAGUUGGCUGUGGUAGACAACACCCUCCAAGAUCUCCUUAAUUCUUCAGAUGAUAAGAAAACCGAAUUCAAUAGUUGUUUCAUAAUUCAUUUCAAAAAUAAUUCCCAGUUCAAAAACAAGCUAAAACAUGCUUACCUUCAUUGAUGUUGUGUUGAUCUUUGAUAGUGCAUGUUUAUGGGCAAGUUUAGGCGAUAAAGAGUUGUUGAGCUCUGCAGUUAUUCCCUAAAUAGCAGAUGUCAUUUGUCCAGUUGUAUUCUUGCUGUUCUUGUUAUGUGGUAGCCAAUAUUUCCCCUUUUUCUUCCUCGCGAAAUGAGUGAAAAGUUUAUAUUCACUACCAAAACAACUCAACCUCAUCCCCAGGUCUUCUUGGUUAACUGUCCGGUUUUGUGGCUAUUAUGCUGUAGAAUUGACGUCAUUUUUCACAUUUAUAACACAAACUUCUUCCAAAUUUGGUCAACAGUAUAGCUGGUUAUGAUGAAUUAUCCCUUGGAUUUUAGCCAGUCAGAAGCAAAGAGAUAUUUUGAGUGAAUAACAAUCAGCUUUAUCAUGACACUAAAUAUCAAAUUUCCUUUCCCCGGCUUCCUGCAUAGCUCUGGGUUUAAGGAAUUGGAGGAGAAUUGAAGGAAGUGUACAGUGCCUGUCUUUGAGUUCUAGGUUAAUUUCAAAUCCACAUAAUUAUCAAUACACUUUUCUGACAGGCACUUUUCAAUUUUUCAGAAAAUUAUCACCUAACACCUGCCUGCUGCCAAGUGACUUUGCAGUCAUUGUUUCUCACCCCAAUUAUUUUUUGUUGCAUUUUGUAGGUGGGUCCCCAUUUCUUGCUGCAAAAAUAAAUGAAGCUAAAGAUAUCCUGGAUGGAAACAGCAAAUAAUACUGUACAGAAGCGUUGUUAAGCAGGGCUUUCAGAUGGUCAAAUGAAAACAAGCAGCAAUCGCUAGUCUAGAUCCAGUGGAUUUUUAAUCAUUUUCUCCUGGACUUGAAGAGUCGGCUCUCACACUGCUGUGUUAUAUUAACAUUAUUUGUGACCUAUGGGCUGUCUUAAAAUAAUAUUUGAACGGCUCUUUUGGUCAAGACAGUGAAAGGGUUAAUAAUAUUUAUCUGGCCCUAGUUUUUCAAAAAGUGGAUAGCACUAUGCACUGGAUUAUUCUCUAUCCACUGGAUAGC